AUGGAGGAGUCCCCGCCACGUCCGCCGGUACCGCCCAAAGAUCCAGGGUACCAAUACCAAUCCAGCAUGGACGGCAGUCGUCCACCGACAGCCCAGAGCGGCUCCAAGAGGAAGCGAGAGGCGCAGGACGACACCUUGUACGAACUUCGCAAUGGACGCCUGGAAGUGCCUGACUCCGACGGCCACACUCCUAAGAGAUCACGUUCCGCUCGCGGUGUGCAGAGUGAUGGCGAUGUCUCCACCGACGAGACGCCGAUGCAACAACGCAACCUCCGCCGCAAGAAGGGCAUCCGCAACCUCUCCAACUUGAACCUGCGCCAUGCUGCCUCUCUCGGCAACUUACCGCAGAGGCAAACCUCGCCAGCCCGCGAGUCCAGGUUUCAAGAAGGCAGCCUGAACGACAAGCCGAGCGAGAAACCACCGAGCGUCUUCACACGAUUCGAGCGUAGCGAAAGCGGCAACCUCAUCCAAGUCGACCAAUUGAUGGAAGACUACCACGACGGCAUGCCCAUGUCAGCCGACUCGGUCGCGGCCACCCUCGAAUACGAGAACGCAACGCGAGACCAGCGUGUUGCCGAAAUCACCGCCUCGAGGCAGAAGAAGGAGGAGGGCAGUGGAAUAUUUCGCUUUGGCAGAUCCUUGGCUGCAACCUUCAACCCAGUAUCUGUGUGGAACAAGCUGUGGGCAGAGCAGAAAGAGGAAUUGAGUAGGAAAGCUCAAGAAGAGGCAGAACGCAAGGCAAGAAAGGCCGAGGCCGAAGCUAGAUACGCCCAACUCAAGAGCACCGGGCAGCUUGGUCUGAAGCCCGUCGGUGUCGCCACUCCACAUGAUUCUGCGGUGACUUUGAAUGGCGGCUCGACCUACAGAGAGCACCAGCGGAAUGUAUCCAACGGCUCAGUUGUUCGGACAAGCUAUGAUGACAUUGCCAGUCAGGAGGGUAGUGAGAUGCCAGACAGUGACGUGAAGCAACUCCGAAGCUCAAAAUCUCGGCUGCAUUUGCGAAGACCAUCUUUGCAAAGCCUCAGAGGUGGUUUGAAGCGUAUUGGCUCUGUCACCAAUCUUGUUGGCGCCACGAACAGAGACUCUUCUUCGUCUGUCUCCCCGGCCAAGGCGGACAUCGAGGGAUCUGCAUUGAGAAAGUCGCACUCCAAGUUCGAUCUGAAGAAGCAAAACCGCUUGUCGAAGCGAGUGAGUGAUCUGGAGGUGAAGCUGCAGAAAGCUCGCGGUGAGCUUGAGGAGGCUCUUGUGCAGGCGUCUCCGAUGCCGCAGUUGGGAAACAAGUACCAGCGCUUCACGCCAUCCAGCACUAUCAGGAGGCCCAAGUUCGUGCCUGGAGCGUUACCCACUUUGCCUAGUGAGCGAGUUCUGUUCCCGGAGCAGCUAGGCUUCAGAGGCGACGAGGAGGAGCGUGUCACCCAGCGCAUGCCUCGCAAAGCAUUGGACCUGAGCACUGCCUUUGACGAUAUUGACGACGAGGACGAGGACAUGGAAGACACACCACGUGAGAAGUCACAUCCAGCACGUGGCGUAUACGAGGCGUCGAGCAAGGCGACGUCUGAUCCUUAUGCCGGCGACCAACACGACGAGCCGAACAUGACUUCAGAACUUACUGAGCUGACAAGUGAAGUGGAACACACCAACGGCGCUGAUCCAAUGACUACGGCUGGUGGUUCUGCUGAGACCACCACGGAGCCAACGCAGCAUGUCGCCAACCCUGACUUGGACAAGAAACUGAAGGCUCUCAACGACAACAUCAAAAUCACGAAGAAGAGCAAGUCUAAGAAGCGGUCUUCAAAGUCAUUCAACGACCGGACUUACAGACCAAGCGCGGGGUCUGAGGAUGACGACGACAUCGACGAGCAGGGAACGGCCGCGAAGAAGAAGCGCAAGUCGACUGGGAAGACCGACACCAGCCCCCAAAACAAGCGCGGCAAGCAGAAGUCACCACGUGGAAAAGCUGCUGUGAAGAAGACUCAGACGAGAUUCUCGCCAGACGAGACUGAGCGUAACGACUUGCCGACUGCCACGUCCUACGACCAGAACAACGAUGUUGUAAUGGCUGGUGCUGAGGGCAGUGAAGAUGAGCUGGCCCAGAUUCCUUCAGUGCGUAGUAGCAUUACGUCUGAAGACCAACUCGAGCCGGUCUACGAGGAAGAAGAGGAGAUGACGACCACCACCACCACGAUUCCCGUCAAGGACGUACCAUCCAAGCCAACGGCCAAGGCGACGCCAGCACGCUACAUGCACACUGCUACCCGCUCGCGUUCCAACUCUCCACACAAGCGCAAUGGCCCUGUCAAGGCUGCGACCGAAGAGAAGAUGAUGAUGCGUGCAGCUAAUGCCGCUCAGCUGAAGCGCACGAGUCGUUCGCGCAGCCCACCACCGGUGAAUGGAUACAGCAAGGUCGAGAUCACAAACGACGUGGUCAAGGUGGUUCCAGGCAAAGGCGACGUUCCCAACUUACCCAAGGGUGCCAACGGCAGCUUCGAGAGCCUUCCCGAAGUUGAAGUUGAGGUCGUCAGCAAGGAGAAGAGAAGCUCCAAGGACGACAACUACGAGUGGCCAGACGACGUCUUUUGA